AUGCUUAGGCUGUCAUUGUGCCGAACACGAUCGGCUUUAGUUAGUAAGAUAGAUUUAGAAAGAUGUUAUUCGAGUGGUAGAUCGAAAGCAACCCGGCAAAAACAGCUGGCACCCCAUCUCCCGGUGAUGACCACGGAGACGAUUCAGUUUCUAGAGCCAAAGAAAGAUGAAGUGUUUAUCGAUAUGACGUUUGGCGCUGGUGGGCACACACGCGCCCUCCUCGAGGCGUCCCCUGGCGUGACCGUGGUUGCCCUGGACCGUGAUCCUCAUGCGCACCAGUUAGCGUGUACCAUGGCGGAAGAGUACCCCGGCCGCCUCAUCCCGGUGUUGGGUAGGUUCUCCGAGCUACCCUCGCUCUUACGUACCCUCGACGGGUACGACCGGCAGCGAUUCUUCAACGGCAUUCUGUUCGAUUUCGGCUGCUCGUCAAUGCAGUUCGAUGAAGCUUCUCGGGGCUUUUCGAUCGCGCACGACAGUCCGCUCGACAUGCGCAUGGACAAGGAUCGCUGCCCGGAGCAACUGUCGGCCGCGGAAGUGCUCGCCCGAAUCCAAGAGCAGGACCUCGCCCGCAUUCUUAAGGUGUACGGUGAGGAGAAACAGUCGAAAAAGAUCGCCCGUGCCAUCGUCAACGCACGGCUCACGGUGAAGCGCAUCGAAACGACGGCGGAACUGGCCAGCAUUGUAGCGCACUGUCUCAGCCAAGGUGAGCCUGGCCCGGCCGCUUUCGAGUACCGGCAAGAUAAACUACGCCGACCGGCCCACGUGGCCACGAAAACGUUCCAAGCGCUACGCAUCUUCGUCAACAACGAGCUGAACGAGAUCAACUACGGGAUGGUGCUGGCGAAACAUCUACUCCGGACCGGCGGAAAGCUCGUCACAAUCGCAUUUCAUUCGCUCGAGGACACGAUCGUCAAGCGGCACCUCACGGGACACGUUGUAGACGACGUGGCCAGCCGGGUGCCACUGCAGCUCAUUAGUCAUACGCUGGCGCACGAAACCGACACGAUGCAGGAGGUGAUGAAACCGAACUGGAGGCAAAUGACCAAGCACGUGGUCGUUCCAUCGGAUGACGAGGUGGCCGAAAACCCAAGAAGUCGAUCGGCUAAGCUAAGAGCGGCGGUACGGUUGAGUUGAGCUCCAAAACGCAUACCCUCCAGUUUGUGUACUAUAAAAGAGAGAUUUAGUAGUAGAGCUUUUAAAUUAAUUAAAAGCAAAUAAAUAAUGUAAAAACAUUAAAAAUGUAAUCCAACUAACAAUCAA